GAUGCUCAUGAGUUCUUAAAUUUUUUGCUUAAUGAACUUGUUGACAUACUGGAGAAAGAAGCCCAAGCAGCAAAAAGUGAUCAAGAAACUUCUUCACCUCCUGAAAAGAUGGUAAAUGGUCCAAAGAAUGCUCAGGCCAAUGGUUCUCAUAAAGAUCCCUUAGUUACCUGGGUGCACAAAAAUUUUCAGGGAAUACUCACCAAUGAAACGAGGUGCUUACGGUGUGAGACAGUGACUGCAAGAGAUGAAACAUUUUUUGACUUAAGCCUGGAUAUUGAACAGAACAGUUCAAUUACAAGCUGUUUGAAAAACUUCAGUUCGACAGAGACAUUGAAUGCUGAGGACAAAUUCUUUUGCGACAAGUGCUGCAGGUAGUUGUCUAUCAUUUACUUGCCUUUGUUAAUAUCUGAUUUUCUGUUUUCUGUUUUCACAUAUAAACUGUGGAUACCAUCACCUGAUACCAUCGGUGCUUAUCCGGGUUCUAGCUUUACUAACAUAAAGCUCUAUUCAUCUAAUAUAUUGUCCCAAGAGUAUUUUCGAAGUUCUGGGAGUUAACCAUAGAGAAAUCAGAAAUGAGCAGCACAUGGCUUUAGGCUGUUGGUGCUGCUGCAAUCAGUCACUAGUACCCAUCUGCUUAAAGAUUGACUUAAUUGAGCAAAGUACGAAAUUUUAUUAUGCAAAAGAGGAAUUGAGAUCUA